AAUAAAUUCUAGUCAAACUAAACACUCACAGUAAUAUCGGCAACAUUUGCAUUAACACUUGUAUAUUACAUAUGCAAAUAAAAAAAUAAUGGAGGAGGUGAAUUUGGCACCGUUGGUGAAGCAGGUUUCUUGUACUGAACAUAUUAUUGCUCCGGAAGUUCAAUAUAAAUACGCGAAUGAAAAAGGCGAUGGGUAUCUCGGCGUAGUAAAAGCGAUUGAAUUGAUAGGAAGGAACAAAAGUUUGGAAGUGAUUGUAAAGUAUGCGGCCACCAGUGCGAAUCUACGCAGACAAGCACCGAUCAGGGAAGCAUUCCUGACAGAAAUGUGGUUUUAUGAUAAAAUUGUGCCGUCCCAGCUAAACUUUCAGAUAGAACACAACGUGCAAAAUCCAUUCGUAAACUAUCCGAAGUGUUAUGCUAUUCGUAGACAAAACCAUGAAGAGAUUCUGUUUUUAGAGAAUCUAAAACAGUAUGGCUACAAAUUAUGGAACAGAAAGAAACCAAUGAACCACGAACAUUUAAAGUUUGUCUUUUACGAAUACGGGCGUUAUCAUGGAACAAACUAUGCAAUCAAGAAACUAAAUCCAGCGUUGUAUAAAGAAAUGACAAGUAACUUGGUAGAUAUGAUGCAGUUGUUCAAUAGAACAGAUGGAUUUAGCGGGUUGAUGAAGAAAAUGUCCGGGAAAGUUAAAGAUUUCUUUGAUCCAAUCAAAGACCAAAAGUAUUAUGAUAUUAUUUCGGAGUUUAACUCAGUAUCAAUGGAGAAAUUCGAAGCUACUAGUGAUUUAGAUGAUUAUUCUAUCAUUUUACAUGGAGAUUGUUGGUGUAAUAAUAUGAUGUUUAAAUACAAGAACGCUGAUGAUGAAAGCAAACCGGAUUCGAUUCAAUUAAUAGACUUCCAAUUGUGCAAGGAAGGGUCCCCUGUAUUGGAUUUAUCUUAUUUCUAUUAUGUGUGCUCAGAUAAAACAAACUUUCAACAUUUAGAUGAAUAUCUAAAGAUAUAUCAUCAAAGCCUUCAUGAUCAUCUCGCUGAAUUUGGCUUGGACUCGAAUGAUAUUUUUCCGUUUAGUAAACUGAAAGAACACUGGAAGAUAUACAGUAGAUUUGGGUAUUUUAUGGCGGUUUUCUUGAUUAAAAUUAUGCUUAGUGAUGUUGAUGAAGUGCCAGAUUUGGCUGAUGUUGCCGAUAGUAAAGCUAAUGAUGAUAACAGUGUAAUGAAUAGCUUUGACUUUGAAAGCAGAAGUGAGGAUCAGUAUAAAGAACGUAUACGGGAACUUAUUUAUCAUAUGGUUGAUAAUGGAUAUAUAUGUUAAUUAUAUUUUAAUAUUAUUUAGAGAAUUUUAUGGUUUUGUGACUUUUAUGGUGUGGAUGUAUUAAAAUUAAAAUUUCAAAUAAAUCAAUUUUAAAAGCUAAA